AUGCCUCCCAAGAAGGCUGGCAAGAAAGGCAAGAAGGCCAAUAGUGCCAACGACAAAAAAUCACCACCCAAAGGUGUAGCAAGACCUGCAGCAAAGACUGCGAAAGAUGACAAAAGAAAACGCGACGAUGACAAUGACGAAGAAGCCGACUCUGGAAGAAGGACCAAAAAGUCUGAUACCAGAGUACGAGACUUCUCACCAGAGGCAGCCAAGAUCAAUCGAGUAAAGGAGUACUUGAGUGCCAGGAUUAAGGAUCUUGGAUUCAAGGUAGAGCCUGUCGAAGGUCACGAACCCGACGAUGAGGACGAAGAGGAACCCGAGGACGACUGGAACUCCAUUGGUCGCCUACGUAAACGCUGUGACGACCGCCUUGACGAUAUUGAGGAAGCUAUCCGCGCAGUCGGUCGCGAACUGUAUGAUGGGCUCGAUCUCCCGGAACGUCAGAGCGAUGAAACUCGACAUGAUAAGAGACAGAAACAAUUUGACCAAGAUGCGUUGGACAAGGAGAUCGAGCCUCUUGUAGAUAAAAGGCGUCUAGCGCCCAGCAAGAACUUUCCUGACGGCCGAAGAUACAAGACAGCAAAACAGCUGGGAGAUAUGGCAAAGCACUUGUCAGAACUGCUUGCGACUGAAUUGCUUCGUCGCCGUGUCCAGCAUCCAAAUGACGUGAGUCGCUUCGCGCAUCCAAGCAAACGUAUCAGAAAGCAAGGGCAAGAAACAGAAGCUACAGGAGAGGACCCACAGGAAACUAGACCGCUCGAGCAACAAUGGGACAAGCACGGUCUUACGCUCCGGGAACUACUCGAUUUAUACAAUCAGCAGGGCCAUGUAGGCCAGGCUAUUGCUCGGGACGACCUCCUGAAGAGAUGCAAGCAGUAUGGCCUUAGUACUGUCGGAGACCUCUGGGAUCUAGAAAGGGGAAUACUCCUUUACGAGCUUGCAAACAAACAACGCAUGUAUGGACUAUCUCGGGAUGCGAUCAAUGCUGUAAUCACUGCUAUAGGCGAUCUUAGAGCCCCAACAAGCUCCGACGCAGCUGGUGGUGCUGCUGGUGAUGGUGAUGAUGAUAGUGACGAUACUGGCGGUUCGUUCGGCGACCUGGAGAAGAGUAAGGGAGCACUUGGCAAGGGAUCCCCGUGCAAGGGGAGUCCGGGCAAGAAAGCUCCGGGUAAGGGGGCUCCGGGCAAGCGCAGUCCGGAUAAGGGGGCUCAGGCUAAAGGGGCUCAGGCGAAGGGGGCUCAGGCAAAGGGGGCUCAGGCAAAGGGGGCUCGAGGGUACAACACCAAAGGCAAGCCAAACACAAGAUCGAACAAAGCGAUUGACCUUGUCGCCGAAGAUACGGUGCUCAUAGAACGGCCUCAACUGACAGUCACCGACGGUGGUCAGAGUCAAAUCUUCACGCAAGCCAAUGUCAGAGGCACAGGGAAUCGUUGCAUGUGGCAUGCAGUUCAAUUGGCCUGGCUAGGAUCGCAGACCGGGGUGGGUAAUCGUCAAACCAACGCAAUCAGAUAUCCCGUGAACAUGCGGGUACGCCAGCUCUGGGCUGCCGUCAUGGGCUCAGACGAUAAUCCUGCUCGUCGAGCAAGACGUGAUCUUUACCAAAACAUCCAGGCAAACAGUUUGCUCAGCCAAGAUGGCUCCUUACAGAAGCGUAUCAAUAAUAUGGCGAUGGGCGAUCUUGAUAUGCUACAGGUAGUUGCCGAUGCACUCGACGUAGAAAUCUUUACAUAUACCCCUGCUCACCUGGACGAUGGUUCUGUCGCGUGGCAUAGGUACGUGAGGGGCCAACAGCAGACCGACCCAGCACGUCAGAUCCAUAUUGCCAAUUACCUUAGUGCGGUUCAUUGGACAGCUCUUACACCAGUGGGCACUACCAGCAAUAUUACCUUGCCUGCACUCCCGCAAGGAAAUAGGGAGCCGAUACCAGGGGUCGGUCCUCCCAACCCGAUUCCACGUCUUCGACCUGGGCACGCAGAUAACACAGAUCUGAGGCCGCAAGAUCAGCGUGAUGAUCCGGAGGAUGGACAUGUUGCCAGAUUAAGCAAAGACGAGGACAAGGAAGAUGACAGGAUGGAAGAAGAUGAACAAGUGGAGGACGAUGAUGGCGAUGGUGGUAAUGAUAAUGAUGGUAGAGACGACGGUCCACCCGAUAACCAAGACGACCAAGGCAAUGGCGGAGCAGAUACCAGCGCAGCUCCCGCCGCCGCCAGAAGACAGUCAUCUUCGAGAGCACGCUCGACCCGCUCGGCUUCCAAUGCCCCAGCAAGGCCACAGCGGACGCGUGAGAAUGGCGCAUCUCGCAGUCCAUUUCAGAAGCUUGCAAGACGACGUGCACGUACGAAAUCGAAGACCAGAUCGCGAGGCUCGUCUCAUCCAGCCGGUGUACGAAAGACCAAGAAGAAGGUCAAGGCGCUCCGAAAGAUUUUCCCGAAUUUCGACACUGCGAUGUCCAGCCCACAAGUCACUGCCGGCGCUAUACGCUCUCCUUUCCGUCGCUCGACUUUCGCUAGUCUUUAG